CUCCACACCACAGCCCCAGAGGAAGAGGAAGAUGCAUCUACCAUAAACACUGUUGGAGUGAGGCUUGUUUUCAUAUCAAAUGAAGAGUUCAGUGCGCCUAAACAGAAAGAGGAAGAAUGGGAAAAGUAAUUGACAGAUGAGAAAAACAAAUACAGAGACAUGGGAAAAAUUGGUACUGUUGGACAAAUUCAUUCUUCAGUCCCAGAACAAGGAGAGCCUCCUUUGAAAAAACACAGAGCUCAGAGACCAAACGAACUAGGGGAAGAGUCUGCAAAUGGAGAUAAGAUGCAGCAACCACCAAAAGCAAACUCCACAAGCAUAUCAGACCAUGAAGAGGAUGAUAACGGCACUGCACAGCUUGAAGAAGACAGUGUGGAUCAGAACAAAGCAGCAGAGGUGCAGGGUGUUGGUACGUCUCUGAAGGUGACCAUCCAGCAUAGCAGUGAGAGUCGAGCCUUCAGCACUUCACCUGAAGAGACGGCAGCAGGUGCAGGCCAUGAGGGCGAGAAAGAGAGAAGCAAACACACAGUUAAAUUCACCUGCUACAUUUGCAACGUCACCUGUACUGACCAGCAAGGCUUCCAGUCUCACAUGACGAGUUUAGAUCAUCAGCAGCGUAUGAUGGAAAUCCAGUGUCUGAGCAACACCUGUCUGGCCACACUGUUACCACACACCCAGCAGUCCCUGCAGGGUACAAACAGAGAGAGACGGGUGGGUCAUCAGCGCUGGUGUCCAACCUGCCAGUCUCAUUUUUCUGGUGACCUCAUCGAGCACAGACGAACUAAGAAACACAAGAUGGCAAAAGUAUCCUCGAGACCUUUCUGUACCCUGUGUGAGCGCCACUUUAGGACUCCUCGCAAAUUUGUUGAGCAUAUGAAGUCUCCUGAGCACAAACAGAGGGUUGAGGAGUUAAGAAACGAGGGUGACCCAGAGGUUAUGGAGGAGCUCAUAACAGUGGAUGCUAUUGGCUGCUUUGAAGGGGAAGAUGAUUAUGAGGAGGAUAGAAAUGAAGAAGAGAUUGCAGUGUUUGAGAAGCAUCCUGGUCAUAGGGAUAUGGCUUUAGAAGAGACGACUGAUUAUGAGGCAUAUGAUCCAGACACACAGUAUGGCACUAGUUUUGUGGUCCCUGUCGCUGGUUUCCUCUGUAAGCUGUGUCAUAAAUUCUACCACUUUGAGUCUUCUGCUCGGGAAACUCACUGCAAGUCUCUUAUGCACUUCCAGAACUUACAGAAACACAAUGCUCUGAAAAUGCAGAAGAAGCCACCUCAGGAUGACUGUGAGAGUGAUGUGUCAUGUAGCAGCCUGAUGAGCGACCCUCGGUGCCUGGAGCGCACUGCUUCCUGUGCCAAUGACAGCAGCCAAGCAGAUCUCAACAGACCACACAUCAAUUUCUCAAGAGAGCGCUUACACUCGAGGAAGCUUAAGCCAUCUAAGAGAGCUCACAAAUCCAAGUCUCCACGCUCAAAACACUCUGGAGCUCCACAGAAGCCCGCCGUGGUCAUGAAGCACUUAAUAUAUACUCCACACUGUGGCUCAGGGUCAAGCCGAGAGUCACACUGCCAAGAACUACAGCACACAGAAUCUGUGUCCAGUGAAAAAGAAAAGACAUCCUGUGACCCUGUGCAUUACUCAGAAGAGCAAGAAAAUGUGAGCUCAACACCCACAAACAGUUCGUGUCAUGCAUCACAGUCGAACUCAAAGGAGAACACAAUCAAUUGAGGUUAAAGAGACAGCUGGCAAAGACCGAACAAAAAUAAUCUUCAUGUUGAUAGGAGUUCAUCGAGUGUUUCUGGGAAAGUUGUGAAGAAAACGUGAGAGGAAAUGAUGCUACUUUCAAAAAAU